CCAGUGUAACGGAAGUGGUACUGCCCUGAACGCUGAGCGAGACGGAGGCUGAAUCGUCCAGAGAGUGGAAAAAAAAGCAGGAUUAAAAAAAAAAAACACCAAUAUUUCUAGAAAAUGGAUAAGAACGAUCUGGUACAGAAGGCCAAGCUGGCUGAGCAGGCCGAGCGUUACGAUGACAUGGCUGCGGCCAUGAAGGCGGUGACGGAGCAAGGCACAGAGCUGUCAAACGAGGAGCGCAACCUUCUCUCCGUUGCCUACAAGAACGUGGUCGGAGCACGUCGCUCCUCCUGGCGUGUCAUUUCCAGCAUCGAGCAGAAGACCGAAGGCAACGACAAAAAACAGCAGAUGUCCCGUGAAUACCGGGAAAAGAUAGAAACUGAACUGCAGGAAAUCUGCCACGAUGUGCUUGGGCUACUGGACAACUAUCUCAUUGCCAACGCAUCUGCUCCUGAAAGCAAGGUUUUCUAUCUGAAAAUGAAAGGCGACUAUUAUAGAUACCUUUCUGAGGUUGCAUCUGGAGAUUCUAAGAAGACGACAGUGGAUAAUUCCCAGGAAGCGUACCAGCAAGCUUUUGACAUUAGCAAGGGAGAGAUGCAGCCGACGCACCCCAUAAGGCUCGGCCUGGCCCUCAACUUCUCAGUCUUCUUUUAUGAAAUCCUCAACAACCCGGACAAGGCCUGCAGCCUGGCUAAGACGGCAUUUGAUGAAGCAAUUGCUGAACUUGACACUUUGAACGAAGACUCCUACAAAGACAGCACCCUGAUCAUGCAGCUACUAAGGGACAACCUGACUCUGUGGACAUCGGAGAACCAGGCAGAUGAGGGAGAGACCGGAGACGGGGAAAACUAAUGGAAUUGCACUGUUAAUCCACCUACACUCUUAUCUUAAACACAGACAGCUUAUAUACAUCCCCCCCCUCCCUCCACUCCAUCAGCCCCUCCCACUUCUGUAUGACAAGCAGCCUGAAUUGCUCCUGACCAACUAGUUUACCCCUCUCAGUUCACUGUGAGGUGACAGGGUAAUUUUCAGUUGUUAGCAGAUUCAGUCACUUUGUGGAAACAUGUCGUAUUGAUUAGUGAGUCCAUGUUGCUGUUGUUUUUCGUCAGCUUUGUGUGUAGGUCUGUAUGUAGCGAGUGAGCCAAGCGUGAGUGGAUGUGUUAAAAGAUUGUGUUCUGGGGGUGGGGAGGGAGGGGUGUUGUGAAUCCUAAUCGUCCUUCCAAAUUCCUUUGUUCCCAGUUAGUUCGGUGUGCGUUCCCCCCACCCCCUCCCCUCCUUAUUUUGUUACUUAUUUGUGAUUCAUCAUGAUAUUUACAGGUUUUAUUGUAUGGUAAUUAAACUGGCAGUUGAUUUCCACCAAACACUGUGAUGGUAGGCUUUCCAUUUGCUUCACAAACCCCCCCCCCGAAACAGUUUUGUAUUUGGAAUUUCCAGACGCGUACAAUCCCGUAUUCAGUUAACUGCAAUUCUGCUGUGGGCUCAUACAGAAAAGGAGGCGGGCUGUAUUGUGACACUGACAUCUUGGUGUAGUACAUCCUUUGAUCAUGUUCACAAAGUCAGUUUAAAAGUUCAAUGGGACCCCCUAAAUGAUAAUGUUAGAUUUGUUCAGACAUAAGACAUUCCACAUUAAUAAGUUUUUGAAAACGGCAGUGCUCCCUAUCGUUUUUUUUUUCUUUUUCUUUUUUCUUUAAUUAAACUAACUAUAGAUUGUCAUUGUAGUUUUCUCACUGUUCUGGUGCUGCUUGAUCUCAGUACAAUGAAAAUCGUACGCGUAAAUGUGGUUCCAUGUAUUUUGCAAGAUUGACUAUCAUCUGUAUGUAAAACCUAAAGUAACCUUUUAUUGAUGUUAAUUGAAAAAAAUAAUGUCUUGCCACACUGUAUCAACCCUGCUUGCAAAAUAUUCCUCUUAAAACGGUUGUUUUCUUCAAGACGUUUUCGUGCCUGGCUUUCUGUAUUUUCCUUUUUAGGUAGCGGCAUCUGCUUGUUUGAAAUCUCACGGAUUGACUUUAGACCACCAAUGUUUAAAAUCCUGACAGGUUUUUCUUACCCAGGUGAAUCACUCGGCUGUUAAAGACAGCUGGUGAGCAUGCUUCAACAAAAUCAGGUCUCUUUAGAAAGUGAUAAAGAAGCUCAGUGUCACAAUACCAUGUAUCACCACUACAUUCCACAUCACUGUAGUUGAAGACACCAUUCCACGUUUUAGCUGGCGGUCUGUUUACUCUGACAUUGCUCCAAUGAAUUAAAAUCUUUUGUUGGGAAAAAAAAUAAAUAAAAAAAAGUCAGUUCAUUAUUAUGCUUGAUGAAAAUGCAGUUAGUGAAUGUGGAACGAAGCCUGUCUGUAUAUCAGGUAUUUACUUGCUUUGUUUUUACUGACAAGUCUUAUGGCUAAAAUUUGCUUCUGUAACAGUCUAUUACCCAGUGCACACACGUGGUUGUGAAAAUUUAGAAUAGCUAUUAAAAAAAAGCAGUGACGACAUGGAGAUAAACAAUGGUUGGUGUAAUUCUAGCUUUGUGUUUAUGUAUCUUAAAACCAUUCUAGUUUCACUAUACAUGUAAGAAAUAGGAAAGUGUCAAAGACCAUUCAGUGAAAUAAAGUUUCGUUUAAGAUAAGA